CGUGAAAAUAUCAUUAUAUAUGAUGAUGAAGGGGGUGGUGAGGAUGACAUGACAGCUUUUGAUAUAAAACCUCUAAAAAUACCAGUUAAAACCUCAGCUGUAGUUGAAACAAUAGAAAUAAAAACACUGCCUUCACAAACAUGCAAAGAUGUCAGCACUCAAGUGCAAGAAUGCAAAAUGCUGUCAACAGAUGAUGUUGGAUUCCAACAAUUUGAUGAGCUGCACUGUUUCACAGAUGAAGGGAACAGCAGUGUAACAUCUUCUCUCUCUUCUAUUGUGUCAAGUUCUGAUGACAAGGACCAUGAUUACAGUUACCUCUACAACUGGGGUGCAAAAUUUAGCAGACUGGCACUUAUGUACAAUAAAGAUGAAACUUAUCAGGAAGAACUAACAAUGCAGUAAAGAAGAA